AUGGCAAAGACUACCUUAUUCAGGCGUUUGAAGGAGGGCAGACUCAGGCGGCAUUCUAAUGCCAUCAAAUCAACAUUGACAGAUGAAAACAAUAGGGCUAGGGUUAAGUUUUGUUUGUCCAUGUUUCAGCCACUAAGCAUCCCACAACAACCAACAUUUGAUGGAAUGCACAACGUCAUCCACAUAGAUGAGAAGUGGUUCUAUCGCACUCAGAAGAAUCAAAAAUUCUAUUUGGGUCUCAACGAGGAAGAUCCGAAGCGUACCACACAAAACAAGAAUUACAUUGAAAAAGUGAUGUUCCUUGCUGCGGUGGCGAGGCCUCGAUACGAUGAUGAUGGCAACAUGACAUUUGAUGGCAAGAUUGGCAUAUGGCCUUUUACAUUCCUAGAGGAGGCUAAGAGGGAUAGCAAGAACCGCGAUGCAGGAACAAUUGUUACUAAGGUGUUGCCGGCAGUGACAAGGAAAGUUAGCCAAGAUUACAUGGUGAACAAACUUCUUCCUGCCAUUAAGGAGAAGUGGCAUGUUUCGGACCGCGGUUAUCCUAUAAUCAUACAACAGGAUAAUGCCAAAACUCAUAUUCCCGUCAAUGAUCCUAUGUUUUGUGAAGCCGCAAUGGCAGAUGGAUGGAACAUUAGGUUGACGUGCGAACCACCUAAUUCUCCUGAUCUGAACAUAUUGAACCUAGGGUUUUUUGCAGCCCUGCAAGCUUUAUUUCAGAAGUUGUUCCCAGGUUCACUAGAUGACAUUGUUACCAAGGUGCUCCAAGCAUAUGGAGAGUACCCCCCUGAGAGGUGCAACCGCAUCUUCCUCACUUUGCAGUCCUGUAUGCGGGAGAUACUGAAACUUAAUGGCGGCCAACACUACAAGGUUCCACACAUGAGGAAGAUGGCCCUAGCAGGAGCUAGCCUUCUCCCAACUAGGUUACCAUGUGAUCCAGCAAUUGUAAAUGCCGCGAUCGAGUUCCUAAGUGCCACCAUCUAG